UAGUUAAGUGCUUUUCGGGCCUGCUUGCCAUUCCGCGCUCACUUGUCGUUUCAAGAAGAGCCGCAAAAGCCAGUGCGUUUCUUACGCCAGGUACCCCACCUACGCAGUGAGGGCGCUAUUCUCGGGCUUGGAUUCUGGGCUCUUUUUUUUUUUCGAGGGUCUCCCCUUAUAUAUAAUACAUGCCCCGCGCCCCUCUGUUCUCUUUUUCUAUCAUAUAUUUCUAUAUAUACUUAUCUACACUAAACACACACUAAUACAAUGUCCGGCAGAGGAAAAGGAGGAAAAGGUCUUGGAAAGGGUGGCGCUAAGCGUCACAGAAAAAUCUUGAGAGACAACAUCCAGGGUAUCACCAAGCCAGCCAUCAGAAGAUUGGCCAGAAGAGGUGGUGUCAAGCGUAUUUCCGCGUUGAUCUACGAGGAAGUCAGAGGUGUCUUGAAGUCGUUCUUGGAGAACGUCAUCAGAGAUGCCGUGACCUACACAGAGCACGCCAAGAGAAAGACCGUGACUUCUCUCGACGUCGUCUACGCUUUGAAGAGACAGGGUAGAACCUUGUACGGUUUCGGUGGUUAAGCUGGUGCUUGCUCGGGUUUUUUAUGUAUAUUAUCUAAUUAACGUUUUAUGGAUCCUGCGCUGUAGCCAAAGACUUGUCCUUGUCUUUGCUGAUGCUUUUGAACGCCGG